CCCAAAACUCAGAUUAAGAGAAAAACAGAACUAUGGAUUAAUGGAUUAUCCAAUCCAAUUGAUGCAUGAAAAAGGAAUUAAGGGGAGGCCGACCGUUGUCGGUUCUCUCGAAACGCUCUCGAAACUCUCUGUUUCUUCAUUUCAGGCUUCAAAACAAAACGACACUGUCAAAGUAACAUUUUCCUUUGGACAGGAUGAGCGGGUUUGCCGCCAUUGGUUCUCCCUGGAUUUCUGGAACCUUCGAUCCUUGGAAGUUCUCUGAUAAACGCCACCAAUUACGUCCUUCCGCAUCACAAUCUUCAACGCCUCCACAGUAUUAUCGCCGCGGUUUGAUUUGCAGAUCGUCACUACUCGGACCAGCAGCCAAUGGACUCGAUUUCGUUUUGCACGACGCCCUCGAUUCUUCUGGCAUCGAUACCACCCAUGCCAGAGCAGCACGGGAAGGCUUCUGUUCGCAGAUUCAAAAACUCUCAAGUAUUGAGAGGGAAACAAGCAUUAGCAUAAAUAGAGGGGUCGAUUUGGGGAAAACAGCUCUCUACAUAGCAGCGGAGGAUGAUUCUCUCAUCUCGCACUCCUCUGUUCCUCUCCCAGUAGAUGCAUUCAUUGAGAGGCUGGAUGAUCAUUCGAUGCAAUUCUGCUCCCACUAUAGUUCUUCAUUCAGAUCCUCGCCCAAGAAUAUGAUCGAAUGUUUGGAGAGAUACUUGUACAUUGACAAGGGUUUCAGGAGAACUAAUGCAAGGAAUCAACCAGAGCAACGUGCUCUUUAUCUCCCUUCAGUGUUGACGCAUCGCUUAGGCUCUGCUACCAUGCUUUCCCUUAUAUAUUCAGAGAUCUUGAAAAUGCUCCGUUUAUGGGGUCUCUUGGACUUUGAUGUUGAGAUUUUUUAUCCUCGUGAUCCUUAUAGUCUGCCUAGAGGCUAUCCUAAACAGGAAAGCAAGGAGUCUGAUCCACUACAUAUCAUGACAUCACAAUCUCUAUUAAUGGAGAACUUGAGAGAUCUGAAGAUUGCUUUCUGGCCAUUUCAACUUGAUAAUACAGAAAGCUUAUUCUUAAGGGCUGCACAUGCUGCUAACUGCUCUGAUGGAUCGAAUAAUGUUGAAGAAAGCGCUUUUAACCUGGCAUCUGCCAAGGCUGCUAGGCAUAGGCUAGAACGUGGUGUUUGGACUAGUGUACGCUUUGGGGAUAUGAGGCGUGCCCUUUCUGCAUGUGAACGCCUCAUCCUACUGGAAGCAGAUCCAAAGGAAUUAAGAGAUUAUAGUGUUCUCCUUUACCACUGCGGAUUUUAUGAAAAGUCACUGCAAUUCCUCAGAUAUUACCAGGAUUCAAAGAAGCAACCAUUUGACUCAUUUAGUGACUUGGAGGAAGAUGCUGUCGACAAAUUGAUGAUCCGUCUCAACCUUAUUGUGAUGGAGGAAGGUUGGAGCAAGCCCUCGAGCGGUGGAAAUUUCCUCUCAAACAACUCUGAACCAUGGUGAUGGACCAUAUGCCGUAUCUCAUCUAGUCAUGCCAAAUUCAGUACCAGCGCAAAUUUGAGGAUCAUGGAUCAUGAGCAUUAUCUCAUCUAAUCGAGCAAAUGUGAGGAUUGAGAAUUUUUUGGACUUGGCUGCAUUAUGAAGGACCGAGAAUCCCAUAACUUUAACAGCCAUUUUAAUGUAUGGCCUGCAACAACAAAGUUUCUGAGUGGUUCCGCCAAGUUUAUUGGUCAAACAGAAAUAUAAUGAGGAUGAAGGUAGAAGUAUUGUUCGCAUGCUUGCUUGGUCGAAGAGAGUACUAUAGUAUUUUCUCUGUAUAGUAUUCAGGGUGUAAAUCACGUGACUAAUGACGUGAAGUCUCUACCCGCAGUUGUAAAUUGAUAUGAAGGCUUAUAUACAACUACAAAAUAUUUAUAGAAUUAGGCAGUGUGAUCACCCUUAUGCUCUAUGUACUGUUUGGAAGGUAAACGUUUAAUUGAACAGUGCAGAGCAAGCUGACUUUUGAACCCUACUUAAUUUGCUCCUGUUGAUACUUGAA